AUGCACCGCUCUUUCCCUUCGCUUAGCGUGUGGAAGGUGCUUUGCAGUGAGUUGGGCAAGAUCCCAGCUGUGCUGCGCUUCCACGCCGGUGAGUCGACCGCCUCCGUCGCGAAGGUCAUUGACUCGUGGAAGGGCGAGAACCCCGAUGAGAACCCGCAGGUGGCGGCGAAGCGGCGCGAACACCGUCAAGCAUAUGAGGAGAUCCUGCGGCAGCAACAGCAGCGUGCCAGGGCGGCCUCGGAAGAGGCGAUGCAGGGGCUCAGCUUCGCGCAGAGCCUCAAGGCACGCGCAUCCGCAGCGGUGGCGGCGCUGAAGGAAGCGACGUCCACCAACGCGGGGGUCAUGGCGCUGCUGCAGCACUGCACCGCCUCACAUGCGGCGGAAGUGGCGGUGGAGCAGGGGAUCGACGUGAAGAACGUGACGAUGCGGCUUGAGAAACAGAAGAGCGGCGCGCAGGUGGGGCAUGAGACGGUGGUGGUGGGCUACAUCGACGCCCCCAACGCAUCAGAGGCGGAGGUGAUGGCGUUUGCGGAGAGGUUGCAGAAGCGCUGCCCGGUGGCCCACUCCAUGGAGGGGCGUAUUGAGUGGCGCAGCGUGGCCUCCUCCAACGCCGAUGCGAGUAACAACAACAACGACAACAACAAAGGCAACAGAAAUGGGCAGCAGGAAUCUGACGACGCCAUCCCCCAUGGAACACCGGGGGCGCGGCGCUACGUCUCGCCGCACAAGAAGGGCCAUGGCGGUCUGGAGGAUCCCGACGAGCUGCAUCUUCCUGGGACAAGGCCGCGCACCGACGGCACAGAAAGUAAGUGA